AUGGUUCCUACUUCAACAUUGCGACCACCGUCUUCACUGGGAGAAGCCAAACAUUCCUAUAUCAAUGAACUUAUGCCUCGUUCUAUGCGACGAGAGAUUUUGAAGCGAGAUUAUAACUUCGACUGUGCUUGUGAGGGUUGUACGGAUGAAGAGAGGAAUGCUCGCAUGGAAGGUUGGUGCUGUGAGCAAUGCAAAGACGGUUGGCUACCACCCAAGGAAGACUCCAAAUGCACUAUAUGUGACUGGAAACUGACCCGUGACCAUUAUGAAGUGUGUCGAUUGGCAGAAGAAACCGCUAAAUCUGGCAAUAAAGUGUUGCUGGCGGAUCAGUAUAAACACGAGGCCAAACUCAAAAUGGCAAACACUAUGAUGCCAGUAUUUGAAGGAGCACUGUACACGUACAAUGUAUUGCGGGUUCCCAGCCUGCGGACCCUCUAUGAGAAGGCGGUCCUCGAAAAGAAGUGA